AUCCGCGUGUUGUAUCUUACUGUAGAGGAUCAGGUCUGUGUUAGAGGUUGUGACCACGACUACCGGACGGGUGCAUCACCCACCAACAUCACUAACCAGCAUCUCUGUUCCAGCUCUGCUGACCCAUACUGACGUGAACACGCAGAGAGGACCUUCUCAGUCACUCUGACCUGUCGUGGACCAUGCAUCCCUCCUGGCAAACAUCAUAUUUCUUCCUCCCUCUUCUUUUUCUCAUCUCUUUUUCUAUUCCCUCCAAUGCAAGCUCCCAUGACAUAGAUUCCCUUAAUGGCAGCUGUUCUCAGGGUGAUGUCUGCACUGAGGGUGUAAUCCUACCAGUAUGGAACCCUCAAAAUCCUUCUGUGGGGGACAAGGUGGCUCGUGCCAUUGUCUACUUUGUGGCAUUGGUGUACAUGUUUCUGGGGAUGUCGAUCAUUGCGGAUCGAUUCAUGUCCUCUAUCGAGGUGAUCACCUCCCAAGAAAAGGAGAUCACCAUAAAGAGGCCAAAUGGUGAGACCACCACAGCUACGGUGCGCAUCUGGAAUGAAACUGUGUCCAAUCUGACCCUCAUGGCCCUUGGCUCCUCAGCACCUGAAAUCCUCCUCUCGGUUAUUGAGGUCUGUGGACACCAGUUUGAGGCUGGAGACCUUGGCCCAAGUACCAUUGUGGGCAGUGCUGCGUUUAACAUGUUUGUCAUCAUUGGAAUCUGUGUUCACGUGGUGCCUGAUGGAGAGACCCGGAGGGUGAAGCACCUGCGAGUCUUCUUUGUAACAGCAGCAUGGAGUGUUUUUGCCUAUGUGUGGCUUUAUGUCAUUCUCUGCUUGUCAUCCCCUGGUGAGGUAGAGGUCUGGGAGGCUGUGCUUACCUUCCUUUUUUUCCCAGUUUGUGUGGUACAGGCGUGGGUGGCUGACCGACGCCUAUUCAUUUACAAGUACGGCCGCAAGAGGUACCGUGCAGAUAAGAGCCGUGGCAUUGUUGUGGAGACAGAGGGAGGGGAUGAGGGGGUAAAGGAGACAGCCUUCACCAAGAUGGACAUCCUUGAGCUGGAUGGAAUGGCAGCUCAUUUGGAUGGCAUGCUGGGAGGAGAGGAUGGACUUGGAGGAAGGGAUCAAGAGGAUGAGGCUAGGAGAGACAUGGCCAGAACGCUGAAAGAGCUCAAGCAGAGACACCCAGAUAAAGACAUGGAGCAACUCAUAGAGAUGGCCAACUACCAGGUGCUAAUGCAGCAGCAAAAGAGCAGAGCGUUUUACCGCAUCCAGGCCACAAGGAUGAUGACUGGAGCUGGAAAUAUCUUAAAAAAGCAUGCAGCUGAUCAGGCCCGGAAGGUGGUGAGCAGUGGAGAGGCACGGGAGCAGGAGGAUGAUCCCUAUACCACCCGCCUAGAAUUUGAGCCUGCGCUCUACCAGUGCUUUGAAAACUGUGGCUCUCUGAAACUGACAGUGGGGAGGCAUGGGGGGGAUGUGAACUGUACGGUUAAGGUCAACUAUCGUACAGAAGAUGGCACUGCCAACGCAGGCUCUGAUUAUGAAUUUGCUGAAGGCACGCUGGUCUUUAAGCCUGGAGAGACCCUAAAAGAAGUAACUGUGGGCAUAAUUGAUGAUGAUAUAUUUGAGGAGGAUGAGCACUUCUACGUGCACCUAAGCAACCCUCGUGUUGUGAGUGGGACGGACGCCCAGCCGUCAGACAGUGCAGCGUCAGCGCACAAAGCGGCCCUGGGAGAAGCUCACACGGCAACAGUGACCAUCUACGACGACGACCAUGCAGGCAUCUUUACGUUUGAAAGUGAAUCAGAGCGAGUCAGUGAGAGUGUGGGUGUCAUGCAGGUGAAGGUCCAGAGGACAUCCGGCGCCAGAGGUUUGGUUGCUGUACCCUAUCGCACCGUAGAUGGCACGGCCCGUGGUGGGGAGGACUAUGAGGAAACGUCUGGAAAACUAGAGUUUCAGAAUGAUGAGACCAUGAAGAUCAUCGAAGUAAGGAUCAUUGAUGAUGAAGAGUAUGAGAAAAAUAAAACCUUUAUUAUUGAGCUGGGUGAUCCAGUUCUGCUGGAGAUUGGACAGAAACAUGGUGAGUCCAAUGAGAACAAGACUACAGUGGGAUCAGAGGAGGAAGAAGUGGCUAAGAUGGGAUGUCCCAGUCUAGGAGAACACAGCAGGCUAGAAGUGGUUAUUGAAGAAUCCUAUGAGUUUAAGAGCACUGUAGAUAAGCUCAUUAAGAAGACCAAUCUGGCUCUGGUAGUUGGGAGCAGCAGCUGGAGGGAACAGUUUGUUAGUGCGGUUACUGUGAGUGCAGGUGAUGAUGAUGAGGAGAGCGGUGAAGAGCGCCUUCCCUCCUGCUUUGACUACAUCAUGCACUUUCUUACUGUUUUCUGGAAAGUUCUCUUUGCCUUUGUGCCACCCACCGAGUACUGGAAUGGCUGGGCAUGUUUCAUCGUAUCAAUCUCUUUGAUUGGCAUCUUAACAGCAGUGACGGGAGAUCUGGCAUCUCAUUUUGGCUGCACCGUUGGCUUGAAGGACACUGUCACCGCUGUGGUGUUUGUAGCCUUGGGUACCUCCAUUCCAGACACACUUGCAAGUAAGGUAGCUGCUAUUCAGGACCAGUAUGCUGAUGCUUCGAUCGGAAACGUGACAGGCAGCAAUGCUGUGAACGUGUUUUUGGGCAUUGGCGUGGCAUGGACCAUCGCUGCAGUAUACUGGCAAUUCAAGGGCAAACCCUUCCUGGUGGAUCCGGGCUCUUUGGCUUUUUCGGUAACUCUCUUCACUGCAUUGUGCGUGGUGUGUGUUAGCGUGCUGAUGUAUCGGAGGCGCCCCUCAGUGGCUGGAGGAGAACUGGGCGGCCCACGGACUUGCAAACGGUUCACGUCUUUGCUCUUUAUUGGUCUUUGGCUUAUCUACAUUCUGCUGGCCUCACUUGAAGCAUACUGUCACAUUCCUGGAUUCUGA